CAGACAAGGUGCUGUACAGUAAGGCGCAGAUCUACUGGCCGAGGGACUGAGAUGAGAUACUACGACCAGCUUUUGAUAUUUUGACAAAUACAGGUUUUAAGAGAAGACAAAAACUGUGACCAGUUGAACUUCGCUUUUUCUGUUAAACGGGGGCGUCCUGAUUGAUACUUGGGUAUUUUAUUGCACCCGCAUCGAUUUCUUUAAAGCAACUGAAGUACAUCCGCUAUUUACGCAAAGAUUGUUUUUUUUCAGUACUCUGUAGCGCUUGCCUCUGGCUUCACCGUGAGCAUUGGAUCCGUCAGCGUACUGCGAUACCCCGGUGUACAGCCCGGACAUUUGCCCAAACAUGAUAGCUGCGCAAGCAAAGCUUGUUUACCAGCUCAACAAAUACUACAACGAGAGAUGUCAAACUCGCAAAGCGGCAAUCGCCAAGACUAUCAGGGAAGUGUGCAAGGUGGUGUCGGACGUCCUGAAGGAGGUUGAAGUACAGGAGCCCCGCUUCAUCAGCUCCUUAAGCGAGAUUGAGGCGCGCUAUGAGGGGAUGGAAGUGAUCUCCCCCAACGAAUUCGAGGUGGUGCUUUACCUGAACCAGAUGGGCGUUUUCAAUUUUGUGGAUGACGGAUCUUUGCCUGGGUGCGCUGUGUUGAAGCUGAGUGACGGACGCAAGAGGAGCAUGUCCCUGUGGGUCGAGUUUAUCACGGCCUCUGGCUAUCUCUCAGCUCGAAAGAUCAGAUCGCGGUUUCAGACACUAGUCGCACAAGCCGUGGACAAAUGUAGUUACCGUGACGUGGUUAAGAUGGUAGCGGACACCAGCGAAGUGAAACUCAGGAUUCGAGAGAGGUACGUGGUGAAGAUUACGCCAGCUUUCAAAUGCACAGGCAUCUGGCCUAGAAGUGCGGCGCAGUGGCCCAUGCCUCACAUUCCCUGGCCCGGUCCUAAUCGGGUAGCAGAAGUCAAAGCUGAAGGCUUCAAUCUCCUCUCAAAAGAGUGUUAUUCGUUAACCGGCAAACAGAGCUCCGCGGAAAGUGACGCCUGGGUCUUGCAGUUCAGCGAAGCUGAAAACAGACUGCUGAUGGCAGGCUGUAGAAAGAAAUGUCUUUCCGUCCUGAAGACUCUGCGCGACCGACACCUAGAGCUUCCGGGCCAGCCUCUAGACAACUACCACAUGAAAACCUUGCUUCUGUACGAGUGCGAGAAACACCCGAGAGAGACUGACUGGGACGAGUCCUGUCUGGGUGACCGACUGAAUGGAAUUCUUCUCCAGCUUAUCUCCUGUUUGCAGUGCAGGCGAUGUCCUCAUUACUUCUUACCAAACUUGGACCUGUUUCAGGGCAAACCUCAUUCCGCGCUGGAAGCGGCGGCAAAACAGACAUGGAGACUGGCGAGAGAAAUUCUAACGAACGCGAAAAGUUUGGACAAAUUGUAGAUCAAUUUAAACGAGUAACGUAUUGUUAAUAGAAUAUGAAGGAACGUUGGAGAUCACUUCACUGUAAGUGGAAAAUGGUGAUUUUUCUCUCUCCGAGUAAUGUGAAGAAGUCUUUUUAAAAAACCAAGAAGUAAACGGGAAAUUGCAAGAAGAAAAAAUAAGGUACAUUUUCAAAUACAUGUAUUUUUUUCUUGUUUUGAAUGUUUUCACAAAGUGAAGAACCUUUUAUUUAAAUGCGCACAAAAUCAUUGCUGCAAAAACAAAAAUACGAUGUAAAGUGCCAAGUUCAAUUUUUGAUUAUGUGCCCUACGAUUUAAAUGUAAUAAAAUAAAUACAAAGUCAA